AUGGAGCUCGACAAGAGCCUUCUUCGCGAGGAAGCGGUUGCGCAGAGACUGGCGGAUUGGCGGUUUGCUCAAGCAGGUAUAAGUCAGACCAUGAUGCUCAAAUCGGAUUCGAUAUCCAUCAAGCUGCUUCCUGUUCCAUAUACAGGCGAGGAACAAUAUCAGAGAACAUACGACAUCACUCCUGCGCUCUAUCUGGCGGCAUUGUCAUCCGCCUUUCCAGCUCCAAAUGACCUCAUCAAUGUUCUGAGUAAGCGUACCGACCCUACUAUAUCCAGUCCAACGACCCUCUCAAAGCGUGCCGACCCUCAGAUUGGCGUUGGUAUCGACCCAAAAGAUCCACAUCGAGGGGGAAAGUUGACCUCUCCAUCUGGCCAAAGUACCGGCGCUUUCCAGAACGCUCUCGAGCUCAUGAGCUAUGCGGUCAGCGAGCCAGGCGACAAGAAUGAUGCAGUGUUCCACAAAUACUUCAACCCUGGUGAUAAAGACAAAGUCCAACGCAUCUUCAAACGACUGUUGGGCGAUGGCACCGAUGGGGCUCCCGCCCUGGGCAACAUCAAAGUCAAGGCAGGAGACGAGCAUCCGGCUGAUGGGAAUCCUGCGCCUGGUGAGCUGGUGGACUUUGACAAUCCAGACCCAAGUUUGCUGCUCACUGAUGAUGCCUUCGUCUACCCUAAUCGUGAUGAUCAAGGUGACGCCUGCGCGCAUUUUGAAUCAGAGGGCGGCAUGACUCAAGAUAUGUAUCUGCUCGGCAGCAUCCUGCUCCAUGAAUACGCGCACUGGGACUGGUUCCUGGGCAGCAUUCACAACGGGGAAGUCAUUGAUCAGCCAAACGGGUACGGAUGGAAGCAGGCGAGAGCACUGAAUAAGAAUCUUGCGCUGUUUAACGCUGAUAGUUAUGGUUGGUAUGCGACGGAGUUCUUCUGGAGUGUGAUUUGUGAGAAGGAGAGAGGGAGCUUUAUGAUCAAGCAGACCGUGACUAUUGCGCCGAGAACGAUAGCUGCAACGACGCCGGAGCCUAGAUUCGACGACUUUGCUGUACUUGGGCUGGCGGUCGAACUCGGAGCUGGAGUGGUGGACGACGUUGUAGUCGCUAAGGAGGUACCGGCUAUCGAUGAGGAUUUGGUGACCGAGUUCACACUUGGAUCAAUGUUUGUUGUCGAUGAUGAUGAUGACAUUUUGUGUGAGCUACUAAUGAUUGUUGGUGAGGAUUUCGGUGCAAAAGAGCUACUGCUCGAUGUCAUUACGAAGCUAUUCGGGUCAUUGGUUAUCGAAGAUGAUGUUGUCGGUGUAUACAAGGAAGAGCUCCACGAAGGCGACCAAGACUCGAAUGCGUUGCUCUCCGCCCUUGCGUUGGCAAAUGAAGUAUUGCAGACAUUGAUCUUGCCCUCGAUCAGACCGUCAUUUGAGCAUGGGAUCUGGCCUUCACCUGGAGAUGUCGAAGAGCCACCCGUACAGGCGCUAGCGAAGCCCCAGCACACCCUCGAUAUCGCGAGCGCUGUCAGCAUGAUAGAACAGAGACCUAGAGCCCAUGGAGUAGUAAAGCAUACAUACGGGUUAGCCGUUGGGCAACACCACACCAUAUUCUUAUCGGAAGCAUAA